UGUUUUCAAAUAGACCAAGUCGUGUUACGCCAAGAGCUAGAUAGCGGUUCUUUAGAACGGGAAGAUACAACAACUUGCUUACUAAUUACUGUGCAGUGUACUUCCACAAGUACACCCAGGUCACUUGCUGUAAAAGAAUAUAAACGCUACAGACGUUUUAAAAAUCUUGAUUUGAUUUGUCGUAACUUCGUCUUGGAUUGAAAUGGAUGUUAUUCCUAUGUGCAGCAUCUUUCAGGAGCUUCAGAUCGUACAUGAGACUGGGUAUUUUUCAGCUUUACCGUCCCUUGAAGAGUACUGGCAGCAGACGUGUUUGGAAUUGGAACGGUAUCUCCAGAGCGAGCCUUACGUCUCUGCAGCGGACAUUAAGUUCGACAGUCAGGAGGACCUAUGGAGCAAGCUUAUCUUGGCAUGUGGAGACAAAAGCGUAUCUGAUCCAAAGAUUCCUCACAUUAAGGAGGAGGACAAUCCGGAUAACCAAAACUUGGAGACCAGCGGCUUUAACUCCGAUGCCAGCAGCGAGGCGUCAGAUAGCUCAGAGGAGCUUUCGCCCACGCUCAGCUAUACCUCAAAUCCUUUGAGCGACAUACUUGUCGAGUCUGGGCAUUUGAGCCCCUCUGUUAUUAGCACUCCGCCUUCUUCUCCCGAAAUCUGCAAGGAGUCUGCAACCCCGCAGGUCUGGAGCACCGCGCAGACGGUGUUGCACUCGCCGGUUAAAAUUCGAACGGGGAACGGAGGCAAAAAUUCGGAAAAGGGCGGCGUUGUCAAUGGAGAGACUUCACCUGACGGGAGGAGGCGGGUGCACAGGUGUCAUUUCAACGGAUGUAGAAAGGUGUACACGAAAAGCUCCCACUUAAAAGCACAUCAGCGCACUCACACUGGUGAGAAACCUUACAGGUGUUCAUGGGAGGGCUGUGAGUGGCGCUUUGCAAGAAGCGAUGAAUUAACCAGACACUUCAGGAAACAUACUGGUGCAAAGCCAUUUAAAUGCAGCCACUGUGACAGGUGUUUCUCUAGGUCUGACCAUUUGGCACUGCACAUGAAGAGACAUCUCUAAGUGUGCUAAGGAAAACGAGGGGAAACCCCGCUUCCUAACCUGCUGCGUGGUUGAACUGCCCUGGGAGAAGGGGGACUGUGCCCCAGCCAAAGCAUGCCAUUUUGCACCAUACUCAGGGCCUCCAGAGACACAAGGAGAACGUGCUCGGAAGGCUGUUGAAACAAACAAAAAAUAAAUAAAAACGAGCAGAAGAGUUCAAGAAAAGAACAUUUCUGGAAAGGAAAAAAAAAAAAAGAUCAGCGUAUGGUGCAUGGCGCUGAAGAUUCACGGACUUGUGUACGGGGCUCCCAAAAAAUGUCUUUGCCGUAAGCAUGAGCACUGAGAAUGUUGAUGAUAGGGUGGUUGUCCUGUUUUGUGGGAGGAGCCUGUGCAGUGAUUGGCCGAGCGCUGUGGAGGAGUGUUUGUCUUUCUGUCCGUGAGCAGACGUGUGGAGACAGGUUUUGUGUCAGAAUGCUGGAGGGGAGAUCCUGGAGCUUAAAUUAGUAACCAUGAGUAUCCUGGGAAGAACCUGUUGCUUUCAAAACUCUAGCAAAGUCAUCAGGUGCCAACCAGCAGGGGGCGCUAACCUGUUCCUGAAUGAAAUGGGCUUUUUUUUUUUGGUGUUUGGUGCAGCUACUGAGUGUGCAAUCUGUUAAGUAGCUUGUUUUACAUGCUACAGAGCUCAUUUGUAGUCCAUUGUAUAAGCUGUGUACAUAAAGAUAUAACACAUAACGUCAUUAUAAUAGACAGGUGUUGCAUGGUUCUUGGGUUUGUACACUUCCUGUUGUUUGUAAUCAGGACUGCAAAUUCCAAUAAAGAGCAGCUAUAUACAGUUGGUUAAAUGUUACAAUAUUGUACAUAAAGCCUUGAUGGUUUUUUUUGUGCUUGUAUUUUUUUUUUUUGGUUGGAGAAACCACUAUUGCUUAGCAACUGAUUUUCCUGUGAAAUGAUUUUAUUUCACUUUUCACUUAUUUAUGCCUCGAGGACUAAUUCCUUCCCCCCUACUUAUUUUCUACCUGUUACUGCACUGUUGCCCUGAAUGGUGCCUUAUGCAAGUGACCUUGUCCUGUGGAAUAGAUGGAAUUGAUAGAUGAAUAGAGGGUUUCUAUUGUAGUGGUCAGAGUGAUCGAAAAGCUUUAUUAAGGCUCUAUUUCACAUGAAGUUGCACCUUUCCUUUUUUUUGUAUAGUGACGGUUACCAUGCCUUGUAGCUUUCAGAAAAAUGUGUUUCCUUUGUCACAAAAAAAGUCCUCGCUGUUGGGAUCACAUCAAUUGUGAAUGCGCCUAGGGAUCUAUGAGCGACACUCGCCUAAAUCAAAUCAAGUAAAACGACCCGGUCAAAACGAUGCAGAGCACUUAAAGAAUUUAUUUUGAUGAAUUUACUACUAUGUAGUGUAUACUGUAUAUACAGUAAGCCAUUUUGCACAAUAUGUGCGAGGCAGCGUCUGUUCAAAGGUACAUAAUUCUUUUUCAUUUUAAGAAUUUUAAGAAUAAUCCCUCAAUCAUGUUUGAGGAAACUAAAAAAUAUGUUUUACAAUUAAGAGGAUAUGGGCAGCCAGACCCUGUCUUGUACUGGACGUAAUGAAUGGCUAAAGGCUUUGCUGGCACAGUCUACAGACAGCUGACUCUGGAUGUUAGUUAUUGAUCUGUCUGGGGCCUGUUGUUUUAACACAUCCAUUAAAGAUAUGCCCUUUGAAUGGCUUUAGUAUAAAUUCCAGAUAUCAAAUUUAAUAUAUGUAAAAAAAAAAAAAAAAAGAGUAGGGAAGUGUCUACAUGUGUAGAUUGUGAACUUAGAUUGUUUUGUAAAGAUGCUUCUAUUUUGCAGGGUAAGGGACCAAAAAUUUUUUUGUGUGUAAAUGUAUAAAAAUUAUUACUUCUUUUUUUAGAUACUCUUUUUUUUUUUUUGUAAGUUGGAUGAGAGUUGUAAACAAAUACGGUUCAGUCUUUGAAGGACUAAGAAAAAAAGCUGUAUAUUUUGAUUCCAAUUUAGGGAGAUUUGAUGCUUUUAAGGAGGAAGUUGAUUCUUUCAGCUUACUUGCAGCAAGCGUAGUGUAGCACAAAAACAGUGUACGGGUGAAUCACAAGGGGGGGGAGAGCACAUGCAAAUAUGAAACGGCUUGCUGUGGCUAAAGGAAGACAAGGGUGCGGGAAAAGGAAAAGAAGAUCUUGUACGUGAAAUGCAGCCAAUUACAUUCAGGUGGUAAUCGAGCCUUAAUCAAGCCACAUAUUUGUUUGCAACUAAACCAACAAUGUUUAUAACUGAUAUUUUUCAUUCUCUUAAA